UCUCACCGGCCCCCAUUUCUUUCCUUCCCGACAGACCACACAAAAAUACCUCCGCUGCCGCCGCCGCCACCGGCCGCCGCCGCGAUGCUCCGCCUCCGAGAGCGCAUCGUUUUCCAUCUCCUCUCUUUCUCCUCCACCUCCACCUCCACCUCCGCCCCGGCCACCCUCCCACUCCGCCGCCUCCUCUCCGCCGUCGCGGCCCCCAUUCCCCCGAGCCGAGGAUUCGCCGUUGAGGAUUACCUCGUCGACACCUGCGGCCUCACCCGAGCCCAGGCACUCAAGGCCUCCACGAAGCUCUCCCACCUCAAAUCCCCGGACAAACCCAACGCCGUCCUCGCCUUCCUCUCCGGCCUCGGCCUCACUGGCGUCGAUGCCGCCGCCGUCGUCGCCAAAGAUCCGCUCUUCCUCUGCGCCGGCGUGGAGACAACCCUGGUCCCCGUCGUCAACGGACUCGAGGGCCUCGGUCUGUUGCGUCCUGGGAUCGCCCGCCUCGUGUCGCUCGCCUACAUCAACUUCCGCUGCAGAUCCAUCGUCUCCAAGAUGCAGUACUACCUGCCCCUCUUUGGCUCCUUCGACAACUUCUUCCGCGCGCUCCAGCGCUCAUCCUACCUUCUCUCGUCGGACCUGGACAAGGUUAUCAAGCCCAAUGUCGUGUUCCUGCGGGAGUGCGGGCUAGAUGAUUGCGAUAUUGGCAAGCUGUGUGUCCGAGUGCCGAGGAUGCUGACCACCAACCCGGGGCGCGUCCGGGCAAUGGGGGCAUAUGCUGAAAGAUUAGGCAUGCCCCGGGGUUCUGGGAUGUACAGAAUUGCGCUACAUGCCGUCUCAUUCCUCACCGAGGAGAAGAUCACUGCUAAAGUGGACUACCUGAAGAAGACGUUCAGCUGGUCGGAUGCUGAGGUUGUCAUGGCUUUGUCUAAAGCUCCAAUGCUGCUGAAGAGGUCAAAGGACAUCCUGUGGCGCAGGUUCGAGUUCCUUGUCUCUGAGGUGGGUUUGGAACCGGCAUACAUUGCUCGUCGGCCGGUAAUGCUCUAUUAUAGCCUUGAUAAUCGGCUCAAGCCCCGGUGCUAUGUUCUAAAGUUCCUCAAGGAAAAUGGAUUGGUAGAUCGUGACCUGAGCUUCUCUAGUGCACUCUCAAUUCAGGAGAAGUACUUCAUGGAGAAGUACAUACGCCCUCACAACGAAGCUGCGCCACACCUCGCCGAUGACUAUGCAGCAGCUUGCAAAGGGGAGGUGCCAGCUAGUUUCAGAUUUACUUGAACCAAUAGUGGGCUAAGGAUCACUGUGUAUGGCGCAACAAAGUUUUCACUCUGCGUAGUAAGCUGGUAGUUCCUGUUUUGGUGUUCUUUGCCAAACUAGAUGUUGCUUAUUUUCUGUAGUAUGCCUGUUACAUGCUUGUUUGGUCAUUGCUAAAUGCUAACUCCUAUGAAACUGUUAAUUUUGUUCCUGAACCCUGAUAUGUUGAUGUUGUCAUUCCUUCAGAGAAGAUCUUUGUGUUCUCCUGAUAAUUUUAUUCCUGAACCCUAAAGUCUAACUAUAUUUUCCUAAAUCAUGGCCGAGCGAAAUAUGUGUUGCUAGUUCCAUUCUAUCCUGUGUUCAGAUUUUAAGAGUGAUCUGGGAAGUAGGAUUUGCCGGCACUCCACCUUCAGAUACGUGGACAUGAGCCAACGCAGCCUGCCAAGAUGGUGCUCUGUGAGAUCAAACUUCUUCCACCAAGAAGGGCAUUUGGCCUCAAACUCUGCUUUUUUUGUUUUUGUUUUUUUAGAAUUACUCCUCAAUUUAUCUGGUAGACAUCCUUUUGUUAGUAAGAAAUCGAUCUAUUUUUAAUGUGAUUUAGAUAUGCUUCUUCCAGUCAUUCGUUGAUUUCGUUACUGAAAUCUGCACUUACUUCUCUUUGUGUCAUUGCUUCAUUCCAUCCAGUAGUUUGUAAACCACUGGAACAAUAUCAUGAGAACAUUAGUGUCCUGGUUAUAUUAGUGCUCUUUUGCAUUGCAAUCUUGUGCUUCGGUUGUCAGAUUGCCGCUGUUUGUGAUCUUCCAACAGAUUUCCGUGGUGUUGCUUAAUUUGCCCCUGGUGUUUUCUGUUGUUUCCAUACAGGUUAAAUAGGGAGUACGUACUUGUACAAAUGAAAAUACUGUUUUAAUCCGUUAAAAAAACUGUUUUAAUUGCUGCCACAGUAAAGUUGCUGUGUAGGUAAUGGUCACAGCAGAUUUGAAGAGCAUAGGUUUUCUAUUUGCAUGAUCUUACUUGUAUAUAGUAGACCUGGAGAUAGAUAGCCUUGGGCACGAAACUGGAGAGUGCCUUAAUACACACAAGCUAGUGAAUUCCACGGUCUUAAUUUUCAUCUGAAUUUUAAUCAGCGGUGUUGAUAUUUGAAGCUAGGCUCGGGCUUACUCAAAUGGUAGUGAGGUUCGGUGAUCCUUUACGUACAUUGCAUAAAUGCAGAAUGGUCGAUACACUGUUAUGAAUUUUUAGGAUUUCAACUGCUGUUUAUAUCCCUGAGUGGCUAAUUUCAAAUUCAAAUCCAGAUCCAGAUAGUUACCUGCUCAUAAGCUGCAGGUACUAAUUGCCAUCUUCAUACUGGAUCUGUUGAGUUGGGAGCUAUGGACCUUGCUUUAUAUUUCCACUGCAGCAGUGACCAUCAGACCUCGCCGGCAGGGCUGCGCUCCUGAAGGAAGACUCGACAUCAGCAAGGACAAGUUGAAUUUUUUUGCUGGACUCGGUGCUGCUGUUGAUGAGACACACACGGAUGUCCGGGAGGCAGGGCAAACAUUCCAUGCCGGCUGUUGCAGCGCCUCUCCACUCUGCG